AUGGAGGUGCCGCGCCUGGAUCAUGCCCUCAACAGCCCCACCAGCCCCUGUGAGGAGGUGAUCAAAAACCUCAGCCUGGAGGCCAUUCAGCUGUGCGACCGGGACGGGAACAAAUCACAGGACAGUGGCAUAGCAGAGAUGGAAGAACUUCCUGUACCACGUAACAUCAAAAUAAACAAUAUUACAUGUGACUCAUUCAAAAUUUCAUGGGAAAUGGAUUCAAAAUCAAAGGACCGUAUUACACACUAUUUCAUUGACCUCAACAAAAAAGAGAACAAGAACUCCAAUAAAUUUAAACACAAGGAUGUUCCAACAAAAUUGGUGGCAAAAGCUGUUCCCUUGCCUAUGACUGUCCGUGGACAUUGGUUUUUGAGCCCAAGAACUGAAUAUACAGUAGCAGUUCAGACUGCCUCAAAACAAGUUGAUGGUGAUUAUGUUGUGUCUGAAUGGAGUGAAAUUAUAGAAUUCUGCACAGCAGACUAUUCAAAAGUUCAUCUAACACAACUGUUGGAGAAGGCCGAAGUCAUUUCAGGACGUAUGCUUAAAUUUUCUGUUUUUUAUCGUAACCAGCACAAAGAAUAUUUUGACUAUAUUCGAGAACAUCAUGGGAAUGCUAUGCAGCCCUCUAUCAAGGAUAACAGUGGUAGCCAUGGCUCUCCUAUCAGUGGAAAAUUAGAAGGCAUCUUCUUCAGCUGCAGCACUGAAUUCAAUACUGGGAAGCCACCCCAGGAUUCACCUUAUGGAAGAUACAGGUUUGAGAUUGCAGCAGAAAAACUUUUUAACCCCAACACUAACUUAUACUUUGGGGACUUCUACUGUAUGUAUACUGCUUAUCAUUAUGUGAUUCUUGUUAUUGCCCCUGUGGGAUCACCAGGAGAUGAAUUUUGUAAGCAGCGCCUUCCUCAACUAAAUUCCAAGGAUAAUAAAUUUUUGACCUGUACGGAAGAAGAUGGGGUGCUGGUUUACCACCAUGCCCAGGAUGUCAUUUUAGAAGUCAUUUACACUGACCCUGUGGAUCUUUCUCUGGGCACCGUGGCAGAAAUCACUGGUCAUCAGCUCAUGAGUUUGUCUACUGCAAAUGCAAAGAAAGAUCCCAGCUGCAAAACCUGUAAUAUCAGUGUUGGACGUUAAUGCCCACUUUUCUUAUUCUUAUUCUUAUUCAAUCCCUAUUCUUCCCUUAGGAACACUGAUUCUCUUUUGUUCAUUUUCAUCACCAGAUGUUUUCCACUGAAGCAUGCACAUGCCGCUAUCACCAAAAGCCAACUACCACUUUUCAAAUUUCAUUCAGAGCCAUUUUAGUGUUUCCUAUUCCCUACACUUCCCACUACUUUCAGUGAUGAAAUAUC